GGCAGGUUUCCCAUAAGCGUCGCUCCAGACUUCGCCAGGUGUUCGAUGGAUCUCUAUAUCUUCACAUGAUCAUCAGUGGAAGUCUAAAGUGAGAGAUUGGAGGAGCCCAGCGGCGGCGACGGCGGCUGCGAGGAAAAAUGGACUGGCGGCGUAGGCGGCUCAGGGGCAUGUCUUUCGCCUCAUUCUUUCGGGGAGUUCCUCGUUCCUUCUCAAGAAGAAUGGCUUCAGCAUCCGUACCUGAUCUACACAUGGAAAGGUCAGAAGAAUGGAAGGAGGUCAGGAAGGAAAUGCAUCGAGCCAUAGGAGACAGAGAUGACACCCGUGUUCUGAAGUGCCUGGAUGCUGUGCCUGCCCUGAAAGUGUGGUUAGACCCCGAUGAAGAUGUCUCUGCUCGCUACAAAGCUAUUGAAGAGAAAGCUUUCCGCAUUCAUGGUCUGCUAGUCUCGCGUGAAUGUCUACUCAAGGACACAGGAGAAUCAUCGUGUUACGAAGAUGUCACACCUCUUGGACGCGCUGAAAUUCGACGACAGCGGUAUUACACCACAGAAUGCGUGGACUCUUACAUCGACUAUCUGAAAAGCAAAUCACGGAGCGUCACCAGAUGUGAUGACUUCAAUGAGCGAUUGGAGAAGAUGUUCGAGCACCUCUCCAGUGACGAAUUAAACAGGAAUAUUCUGAAAGUGGCUGCAACAGCACCGCACCUGGAAGUAGUAUUCGACUUCAAGAGUGAAAGCGUUCAGCGGACUACGGGAUGCUGGGAUAGACACAACCUCGGUCUCACUUUCUACAACGAACAGAGAGUUUUCGUCGGGGCCAGCACUGAAGAAGCCGUAACCAGCGGGACGCUCAUUCACGAGUUAUGUCACAUGGCACUUUGCCUAGUGUAUCAUAAUGAUGGCAAGCCUUAUGUCAGUGGGGAUAUGGAGAAGGAACAGCAAUACGGAGCCAUUGUGAACGACAUAAAACGAAGGAAAAAAGAGCUGAAUCUUCUUAUCCAACAAGCUGUCUCCCGUAAUGAAGAACAAGAGCUAAUUGUACGGAUUCCUCACAUACUGGCCCAAUAUGGUUGCGACGAUGGAAAUAGGGUUCUGGAACGGGAAGUACCGGAACUACGAAAGUUUUUCGAGGAACAUGUCAUCCCAGACAUGCGGGAAUACAUUCAGAAUGGAAUCCCAUCCAUAGAUGCAACUAAGAUAGAAAAGGAAAACGCGAGACUGAACAAAGCUCUCAAAACUGGCAAUCUCAAAGUCCAAUUCGAGAAACCACUAAAGAAGAGUGUCUGGAAAGAGGGGUCACUUCACGUAUUUACGGGUCCCGAACUGAGGCUUCUCGAAAUAAUGGUUCACAACGCUGUGCAAUCUACGGGAAGGCCAUACUUGUUUUUCGAGGCGAACCAAUUUGACUCCACUCUACAGGAUGUGUUACUAGACUACAAAUGUGCAUUUGUGAUAGUAUCCGUCCAUCCAAACGAAGGCGUCAGAAAGGUGAUUAAACUUCUCAGUGAAGUAUCCUGUGCUACUGAAUCAAAAGUCCUUUUCCUUGUGGAACACACUGGCGAAGAAUACUUGCUGAAACAAGUACAAGCAGAUGCAUUCUUUGCGAAGAGACACAAAGAUCACAGGAUCGACGAAGCAAGCUUUGUGCAUGUCACGAAUAGCUGCAAAAAAGAAGUGUUCGAAAAUUCUCGCGUAAAACUUCAGGGCCAAUAUGUUUCAGUGCUUCCAGAAGCCAUGAAUAUAGACAACUUCCUACAGUGCGUGGACACUGCGGUUUUCCUAAGGUUGUGCGAGUCGGGGAACAUUGACCUGGGACCUCGUCUUCAUGAACUGGAAGAACGUGUUCAGAACUAUUAUGUGGAACGAGAGUGUAGAAGAUCCGUGGAAAUUGACUUAAAAAAAUGCAAUCUAAAAGACGACAGUGAGGCAUUCGCACUUCUGGGCUGUCCACACAAUCACGCCACAACACUUCUACCUCGUGGUUGUGAGCCAAAAGCCAAGGGGGAAUUAACGAAGUUCGAGAAAUUCGUACUCCUCCAAGAACCACGUGACUACGAAGCUCUCCUGGAAGAUGGUCAUUUCCGAAACAAAGUAGUUCACCUGCUAAAGUUCGACGAACCUCAUAAGAGAUUCUUGUGGACCAAAUCAAAUGGUCGUCUCAGUCACCUUCUAAUGACUGGAAGUGAGAAUUACACUGAGGACGCGUUGUUGAACGUAAACGAGAAGGUUGUCAUAGUCUCUGGUGCACCAGGUAUGGGAAAGAGUACUCUAGCAAAGCGCUUGUGCACAGAAGUAAAAAAUCGAGAUAAAAACCGGUGGGUGCUCUACGUCGACCUUCCUCAGGGAAUGGCAUCUGUUAAAACAGCGUCGCCGAGUCAAGCGGAUAUGUGCAGAUAUCUAGCGGAUCUAUGCCAAGUACAGAAAGAUGGUGUAGAGUUCGCUUUGUUCGAGAAAAGUUUGAACGACGGAAGCCCUUUCGAGAUUGUCGUCAUCUUGGAUGCCUUCGAUGAAGUGAACGAGGAAUGCCGCAAGUGCGUCUCGGAGCUUACAUCGUUUCUAUCUGAAAAGAAAGCUUGCAAGAUAUAUAUGUUUACUCGCACUGUAUUUAAGUCCCAUGCACAAGAUGCUUUCCAUACGGUGUCAUAUGAACUCCUUCCUUUUUCAGACGAAAAUCAGGUGGAGUUCAUUAGAAAAUAUGAGGGAACAGCUCAUUCAACCAAUGAAAAUACUGGAGCCUCCGAGCUGUUCCAGCGACUGCACACGAACUUGAAGGAGACAAACAAGACAAUCCUAGAAACCCCUCUCCUGCUUCGUAUGAUCUUUGAAAUGAAGAAUGGGGAAAUUGCAGAGUCUGACGAUUACUCUUCGUUACUUAAACGUGCAAACAUAUCAGCCGAUAAGAAUAAGAACUUAUAUAUUGUACACGUGUACAAGUUGUUUGUGUGGUACAAGCACCUUGUAUUCAGAAUUGAAAAAAGAAAAGAAAAUCUCCGCCUACACGCCGUACAAGAGGAGAAUGACUCCGCAGCGCUUCAGUUUUACGAAAACCAUAAACUCCUCGCUAUGAAGUGUAUAUUCCCUCAGGAAACCUUGAAAUACUUAUUGAACAAAGACGAAUUAGAGAAUAUAGAGCCCGAAGGACGUUUAAUGAAGGACGCAGCUAAUAAUUGUCUCAAAGAAGGAUUUCUGAAUGGUCUGAACAACGGAAUUCCAGAGUUCGUUCAUAAGACAUUCGCUGAAUUCUUUGCAGCCGAUUACUUACUGAAGAAAGCGAAAGUAACAGAAAAUUUAGACCUGAGGGAUGUCAUUGUCAAUCUGUACCGUGAAGAAGAAUACAGCGGUGUAAUGAUGUUGUUCGACGCACUGGCAUCGGAGUCCUUUCCCCUUCACUCUGCUGUGAUGAACAAUAACGCUUCAUAUUUUGAGCAGCUCGAUAUCCAAAGAGAUGAUAUGCUGAAAGUCGAUGAGCUCGAAAGGACGCCAGUGCACUUAGGAGCCCUGCAUUCUGAUCAAGCAACAUUGAAGAAGCUUCCGAUGGAUGAUGAGCUAAUCACGAAGGAUUUGUUUCAACUGUCACCGUUUGGAUACGCAGAGCUGCGGUCUCCAUGGGACGCAAAAUACGCUGGAGAGUGGAUGGAAGGCUUGCGGACUGAGACUUCGGCUGCGGGAGACAGACUUAACGUGUUAUGCGCUCGAUGCAGUGAGGAAGCAGUGAAACGUUCUACCAAAAAUCUACGCACGUGUGAAACCUUCGAGGAACAGAGACAUUUUCUUGAACGAGCAAUAUUCACGGCUGUGAGACAUGACCUACGAGGCGUUUUAGACGUGUAUCUGACCUAUGUCUCCCCGAAAGAGAGUACCGUAAUCCUAGACAGAGGCAUCAUGGACCAAUUAGGAUCACGCAACGAACGAAGCUUGAGAUGUUCUGCAGAGUCUUCGGUAAUUGGAAACCUUGAUAGUUUUACAGACAGUAGCAAUAGAACUGUCCUUUUUUACGCAAAAUCCGAGACUGUUUGUAAAAUGCUCCUUCCUUACUGCGAUACGGGAAUUCUUGAUAAGGAUGGAAACACAAUGUUGCACAUUAGUGCGAAUGAAGGAAAUCUGGAGACAACACAGUUUUACCUCGCACAUUUAUCCGCUAACAAGAGAAAUAGAAAAUUUCAAACUCCUUUGCACUUGAGUGAAGAUGCAGAGAUUGUGACGCUACUUCUUCCUCUUUAUCCCUCAGCGAAUGUUCUCGAUUAUGAGCAACACACUCCGAUGGAUAUAUGUGCAGAGAGAGAUGAUUUGGAGGCCAUGAAGUUGUUACUCCUUCGCACUCGAACAUAUGACGAACAUCACAUCAGGCUGAACACAACGCUUCAUGAGGCUUCGAGUUCUGGUUCCCAUAAAGCUGUGACGUUUCUUCUACCUCACACAAAUGCGCACAUGCUUAACUACCAAGGACAAACGUGCUUAGACGUUGCUUUGACAAGUUGGAUAUAUGAGUCGAGUUCGGAGUCCAACGUUGUCAGGUGUCUCAUCCCACACUCGAUCGUGAACUCACCUGAAACGUUCGGCUCAUCACCGUUGUACGUUUGGGCGAGACGUGGUGGACGGAAAGUGAUGCAAACUCUAUGGCCUUAUUUGCGACACAGUGACCCUAGGCAUGCACAGAGGAUCAGCAGAAGCUAUGUGUAUGUGUGGAUGAACAAGGAUUUCCAAGAAGAAAUUUGGUGUCUGAAACUUCUCUUCCUCCAUUUAGAUGACAUCGCUGAUGAUCGUUAUAGCCGUAAACUGCUACAAGAUGUGGCCAAGAAGAAGCUACGUGAGAUAAAAGAAAAUUAUAUUAAUUACAUGAAGAUGUUACUGCCACAUUUAAAUCUCAGUGAGCAGGAUUAUGUAAAAUAUAGCGUAGGAAAUGAUGGCAUUGUUGCCGUAUAUCGGAGGUGGUCAUACAUGAAUAACACCGAUGAUCCCCACUUUGACGAUGUGGACACGGAAAUGAUCGACGACGAUUGCAAUAAGUUGCUAACCGGCGCACGGGAAGGUAAUGUGGAACCUGUGGAACUUCACCUCUCCCCUUCAUCCGUGUGCUUUACAGAUAAAAAAGAGAACACUGCAUUGUACUUGAGCGCGUGGAAGGGACACACAAAUGUGGUGAAGCUUCUCAUUCCUUUUUAUACAUCAGUGGACGUGAUCAAUGUGGAUAGAGAAACGCCCAUGCAUGUCUGUGCCUCGAAUGGACACCUGGACGUUGUAAAGUUGUUAUUAAUCCGCUCUAGAAUGAGUUCCCGUGACGAGGAUGGAAGGACACCUCUACACCGGGCCUGUGAAAGUGAUGAAGUUGAUAUCGUGAAUUUCCUUCUUCCCCACUCAUUCCCUAAUAUGCGCGACAGGCUCGGUUUCACGUGCUGCUUUCUUUCCGCCUGUGAAACAGGGAAAAUGAAUGUUCUGAGAUUCCUCAUUCCUCACUCUCAUGUGAACAGUCCUACUUUGCUAGGCUAUUCACCAACGCGAAUGUGUGCAAAAAAUUAUAUGAGAGAAGGGCUGGUGACAUUAUUGCCAUAUUCUUGUGAUUAUGAUGCUGCGAAUUUAUUGACGCCUUCCCUGCUGUCAUUCGUGUGCGAUUUUAGUACGCCUUGUCUGAAACUUAUGGUUCUCCACUCAAAUGUCAGGGCAGUAGAUGCCUGUUUUCGUGAAGCGCUCGACCGCAUUCGAAUGUUUUAUGUAGGGAGUGAUCCAAACCUGCGUCCAAAAGAGACUGGGAGAUCACGAGACCUGAACGAGAUUUCUUUCUUGCUUCCACAUACAAAUGUUUCUGCUAAGGACGAUCAAGGCCAUGAACUAUUACAAGAAGCCCUCCAAAGUAUUCAAGAUCCCGAAUUCGUUAGCUUGCUUCAGAAAUGGUGUCGCUUGAGUCACUUUCAUUCAUGAUGCUGACAAUUGUUGGCACCGUGGCAUCGAGUGACAACGAGUUGUCAGUGGACACGAGCUCUGCAGAUGAUAGAUGAUAUCGCGGUUUUAAUAGAGCUUUCAAUAGCAGUAUACUGAGUCCUUGCCUUCUUCUGGGAAAGCACAAAUAUUCAGCCAGAGUCAAAAAUAAAACAAAAAAUCACUUU